GUUGCGUUCAGUGUAGUGUUUAAUUUGGGAAAAGUAAGCUAUCUUGCUAACGGGUCAACCUGCGCUCAUACUUUGACCGGGAGCUUCGUUUAAAAUAGAAUUCCCAAGAUUGUAGAACACUUCAGCAAAAUUUUAAUCAAAAGCGAGACCUCUUCUAAACGUGGACAACGACUGUCACGGGGGAUAUUAGCUACUAGAAUAUCGUCCCUGAUUAGCUACGUUAGCUGGCUGGCUAACAAGCUAAAAACAACCAGCCAGGCACCGGAGCUGUCUGUAACCCAGACAUUCGGAAAUAUGACCGAGUCCAGCGGCAUGAUUAAAAUCACUGUGAAGACUCUGGACUCCCAGAGCAGGAGCUACAAAGUCAGAGGCGAGCUAACAGUGAAGCAGUUGAAGGAGCAAAUAGCGUCAUCAGUGGAGAUCCCAGUAGACAAGCAGAGGCUCAUCUACCAAGGCAGGGUGCUGCAGGACGACUCAACGCUGACUGAAUACAAUAUGGAUGGGAAGGUAAUUCACCUGGUGGAGCGUGCCCCACCUCUGGCCUCCAUGCCUGAUGGUGGGGCUGCGGGUGUUUCCACCGGGGAGGCAGAGAACAGAAGCAGCAGCAGCCAUGCCUCAACCUCCUCCCAGGGUGCACCACACGACCGCAACAGCUACGUGAUGCUGGGGACCUUCAACCUUCCCGUCAACAUUAUGGACCCUCAGCAGAUACAGAUGUCUGUUCAGCAGAUGAUGGCUGGAGUCGGUGGCGCUGGAAGGAAUGCCAUGGUCAGCACCAACUCCGGGAGCAACGGGUCGGUGGACAUGCAGAUCAACGUAGAGCAGUCGGUGCAGAGUGAGCCCAGGAUGAGGCUGCAGCUGGCGGAGAACCUGCUCAGAGAUGUUCGCUCUCUGAUCCACAGGCUGGAGGGAGUGUCCAGUGACGGUAGCCCCCACUCGCAGCCAGAGGUGCCUCAGUCCUCUUCCUCCACACCGCCCUCUUCCUCCUCUGUUAGAGGGGUGGUAGCAUCAGAGCUCAUGGACACCAGCUCUCUCCUGGCUCCAUCAUCCUCCACCUCCGCCCAGACCGAGGGGCCCGCCAACACUGGGCCCAAUCACCCAAGUCCAGCAGAGUUUGUGGAGGUUCUCUCUGAAGUCAGAAGGGUGGAGGAGAGGUUACGGCCCUUCAUAGAAAGGUCCCACUCAAUUCUCAUAGCAGCCACCUCAGCAGACUACAACAACAAUACCCAGGAAAGAGAGGAGGAUCAGCGCAUUCUCAACCUGGUUGCAGAUGCUCUUCGUAUCCUUGGCAACAGCUUAGUUGUCCUUGGUGAGCUGCGCUGUAACCUGUCAACCUCUCCUCCACGUCACCUGUCUGUGACUCGUCUGAUGGCCCACUACACCCAGCCAGUCCUGCUCCAGACCGCUCUGCCACACAUGCCCAUUCCAAUAAACCUAGGCUCAACCGUGACCAUGACAUCAAACAGGAGACAGGCAGCUGAUGGACAUGAGCUGUCAGAUCAGCAGGCUACAGGUCAUGCACCUCCUCUUCAGUCACAUGGGACCAGUCAUCACCAAGGACAGGGAGGACCCAGAGUCAUCCGGCUCACCCACCAGACCAUGGAGCCUGUUGUCAUGAUGCAGAUGAACAUUGAUGGUGAGGCAACUGCUGAGUCUCAGGUGGCAGGACAGCCAAAUAACACAGGGACCGGACAGUCUGGACUGCCCCCUGAGUUCAUGCAGGCCAUUGUGCAGCAGAUCUCCCAGCAAGCUGCUGCCAUGGCUGCUGCAGCCUCAACAGGCAACCCAGCACAGUCCACCCACCCUGCUCAGGCAAGGGUUGUCAUCACCAGACCCUCUCCCAGCAUUCCUCAGCCUGUGGGAACCAGGGGAACCACAAUCAAUCUGAGGGCCACAGUCCCCACAGCUGCUCAGCAGCCAGGACAGAGCACAGCUCCGGCCCCUUCCUCUCUCACCCAGAUGAUCAGCGGUCUGGUCGGACAGCUCCUGAUGCCGGGCCAGCCAGGUGAUCCAGGGCCCGCUUCGACCAACUCUCAGUCCUCCUCUAUCUCCUCCUCAUCUGAUUCCUCCACCGUAUCUCCUCCACCUCCUUCCACCCACACCACCCGUAGCACUUUUGUAGGCCAGCCAGCAGAGGGCAGUCCUGAGGGUAAUCUGGCCCAGCUCCUGGGCUCUCUGCUGGGAGGACCAGAGGGAUCUGGACCAGCUCCCUCCAUCACUGUGACAUUGCCAGGGGUAACCGGCUUCAUCCAGGGCAUGUCAGACUUUACACCGCCCCCUGCAAGUGGUCCUGGUGCCCCAAUCUCCCCUCAGUCCACUGCUACUGCCUCACCCCAGGCUGGCAGCGAUGCAGGUGGACAAUCUCUGAGCCCGGAGCUGUUCACCGGCAUUGUGCAGGGAGUGCUGUCCACUAUGAUGAGCUCUCUGGAGGCACAGCAGGGCAGUGGAGAGAGCAUCGCCCAGUUCGUCCAGAGACUGUCCCAGAGUAGCAGCCUGUUCACUCCUGGCUCCGGGGAUGCUGUGGCAGGAUUCUUUGGCGAGCUGCUGUCCCUGCUGUGUCAGAGUUUCUCUAUGGUGGACAUGGUGCUGCUGCUUCAUGGGAAUGCCCAGCCUCUGAGCCACAUUCAGCCCCAGCUCUCUGAUUUCUUCACCGAACACUACCUGCAGGGCAGAGAGCCCACUGAUGCAAACAUAGCUACCGCAGCUGAGGAGCUAAUCGAUGGCCUGGAGGAGUACAUCGCUGAGAGCUUUGCCACAGUGACAGUGCAAGAGGGAGUGGAUAUCAUUCAGACAAACCUAUCCAUCCUCAGACAGCAGCUCACUCAGAUUGCCUCACAUAUUCUGCACCACAAUGAUCACACCUUUGGCCCACGUCUGCUGUUGCUGUGCACUCAGGGCCUAUUUGAGUGUCUGGCUCUGAACCUGUACUGCCUCGGAGGAGAACAGAGAUCUCUAACUGCAGUCAUCAACCACCGCAUUAGGAGAAUGUCUGCAGAAGUCAAUCCCAGUCUGGUCAACUGGCUUACCAGUAUGAUGUCUAUGAGGCUGCAUGUCAUAUUGGAGCACAACCCAGUUACUGAGGACCAAAUCCAGCACUACAUCAUCUAUACACAGGCGGAGGAAGGUUUGUCUCUGGCUCCAGGUACCACAGCAGAGGGUGCCACGGCUUCAUCCAGAGACAGUGGGGAGAGGGGAACAUCUCCCAGAGGGAACAUUGCCUCAUCAGGGGAUUCUCAGUGCACUGCCGGGGCCCCGACAGGAUGGGCAAGCCCUGAGCUUGAGCCAUGGGCAGCAGCAGUUCCACCAGAAUGGGUUCCCAUCAUCAGACACGACAUGCUGUCUCAGAGGAAGAUCAGAAGCCAGCCGCCGCUGUCUGACGGCUACCUGCACGGGAUGCCCGCCAAGAGGAGGAAGACAACCCAGUGUGAAGGACCACACUUGUCCCUGUCCGAUGCAGUGAGUCGAGCUGCCCGUGCAACAGGAGCCCUGCCUGUCACCACCCCAAACUGCCUGCAGGGAGAGCUGGAGAGGUUGCAGGAAGCAUACACCAAACAGGUAAAGAGUGACAUCAAAGAGCGAGUGAGAGACGAUCCGGACUACAAUGCCCAGCGAUUUCCCAAGACACACCAAGCUUUCUCUAUAGAAGACUCAUAGUCAUCCACAGCCCGGGAUCCCCACACACUAUAUAUGUUCAGCAUGGAACUCUGUUUCUGAAAGACAACAGCUUAGGACUUCCUUCUCUCCUGUCUGCUUCAUCAGCUGCUCUAGUAUGUUAGAAUGGAAAAACCUGCAGACUUGGUUUAAGAAACUGUGAACUACUUGAGUCACCUGUUGCUAAAACAAUCCCUUUGCUAUUUGAGAGACUAAUGAUGGAAUCAGUUUGUGCCGUGUCAUGGUACUAAACACUGACUCUAAGACCAGAUGUGACAACAUCAGGUCAGUGCAGAGGAGGACUGGGCCACAGGAAAAAAUAUCUUAUAUAAUCUCAGAACUUAUCCUCUUCUGUAAAGCAGUCUGGGCAUUAUAGAAUGGUGACAUCACAAUUUAAAGAAUUAAGUCUUAAAUAUUUUUAAACACAUUGUCUGUCCUAGUAAACAGCGACAGAAAACUCAAAUCUUUUGCAAGGAAAACUAGCUAUUACAUAUGUAUGUACUUUAUAUGGACCGUCAGAAAAUGUGAACAAAUGUAAUUUAAUCUACCCUAUAAUGUUAGGUGUUAUUUGCAACCUUUUUCGAGAAAAAGGACACUUAUGUUGUGUUUUUACUCUCAUUUCAACAUGACCUUUUUCUCCAAAUAUUCUGAGAUUGUUGCUUAAGAGUGGUCUUGAAAUUCCGUCGUACUGAGCACUUUUAUCCUAGUCUACAAUUUUAGUUGUAUUAUAUAGACAAGGCGAAACUGUAAAUGAGUUGUACAUAGUAAAGGACAGUGAUGUCAUAGAGCAUCGUCAGUGUCAAUCAUGUAAGUAGUGGGGCUCGCCAUUGCAUCAGGUUUUUCUUUUUUUUAGCAUCAUGACUAGAUAUUAUUCUAAUUCUAGCAGGAUGCCAAUCUAAUUGAUGGUAUUUUAGUUGUCUUUACGAUCUGUUACUGUGUUUUUCUGGGCGAGAUGAUUACAUUAGACCCAGAGAUGCUAAUGAGGAUAGCAACAUCAACUACAAACUCGCCUCUUGCUGAGGAAAUUCUGGGUAUCUCUUCAAAUACAAAGCACUUUCUCCUUCUACAUCCUCGAGUGUCCUGUCAGGUAACAUUACUUGACAGGACACUGUCUUAUCACAAAUGAUAUCACAAUGAUUAGUUGAUGUUUGUACGUUAGGGCAUUAUCUCCACUGUAAGAUGCUUCCAGUGCAGUAUAAUAAUGUGCCACCAUGGUGAUGGUAGAAUUGUGUGAUGUUUGUCUGAAGAACAACUGCACUCAGUAGAGCUUUGUCAAACUUAGUGGUUACUCUGUGCUUGUUAACGUUGCUGAAAUAAAUAAACCUCUAAAU